CACAAAACCAGAAAUUGAAAAAGAAAAGCUAAUUUUCCUCCUCAUUUAUAAAACUGAAACUUUUUUCUGGUCUACUUCGAGCUUUUGUUUCUCUCCGGAGCGAAAUGGAGGAGCAAAUUGCAAAAGCAAAGCCAGCGAUUUCUUUCGAGUAUCAGCUCUUUGAGGGAGACCCGGAUCAUCUUACAACUGUUGUAUCUACACUCACUCCAACUAGUCCCUGGAUCAAUCCUGCCUCAUUGAACUUUAAGUACCGGAUUGGACGAGGCCCUUUUGGUGAUGUCUGGUUAGCAACUCAUCAUCAGUCGGCGGAUGAUUACGAUGAAUAUCAUGAGGUUGCUGUUAAGAUGUUGCAACCUUUGAAGGAGGAGGACAGAGAAAAGUUUAUGCGCAAGUUCGAGAAGUUGUUUUUUAGGUUUCGUAGGCUGUGUGGUGUUUGUUGGUUUCAUGGUAUCUCGAUUAUUGAUGGAAGGAUCUGCAUCGCUAUGAAAUUUUAUGAGGGGUCAAUUGGUGAUCGAGUUGCUAGGAUGAAGGGUGGAAAACUUCAACUUUUUGAUGUUUUAAGGUAUGGGAUUGAGUUGGCCAAAGGAAUUUCAGACGUGCAUUCACUAGGUCUCUUGGUGCUAAACCUGAAGCCGUCCAACAUCCUUGUUGAUGAACAUGGCCAGGUGGUCCUUGGAGACUUUGGGAUACCAUAUCUGCUUCUUGGGGCUUCGUUGUCUAAUCCUAAUAUGGCUUUCAGACUUGGCACUCCAAACUACAUGGCUCCAGAACAGUGGGAACCAGAAGUGAGGGGGCCUAUAUCUUUAGAAACAGAUUCGUGGGGUUUUGGAUGUUGCUUUGUCGAGAUGUUGACUGGUAGUCAACCCUGGUUUGGGAGUUCAAUUAAUGAAGUAUAUCAUUCAGUCGUGAUCAAGCGAGAAAAGCCACCUGUUCCAAGUGGUUUACCUCCUGUAGUGGAGAAUGUUAUCAAUGGUUGCUUUGAGUAUGAUCUCCGUAAUCGGCCUUCUAUGGAAGAUAUCAUACGGGCAUUGGAAAGCUCGCAAAAAGAUGUUCAAAGCGAUGGAGAAUGGCUUGGUUUAGGGAGCAGCACACCUGCUGGAAAACUUAGUGGUGGCAGUUGUAGUGCAUGGCAUCUCGUAAAAGACGAUCUCCAGGUUGGAGACAUGGUUCGCUCAAGAAAGCCAGUAAACGCACGCAAGCGUCAAGCUCUUGAUGUUCCUGAAGGAAUUGUAACGGGCCUGGAAAGUAAUUCUGGUAAUGCCCUGGUGAAGAUACCUCGAGUGCGCAGGCCUGUAAGAGUAUCAGUGUCAACACUUGAGAGAGUAACAUCUGGCUUAACAGCUGGUGAUUGGGUGCAGUUAAAGGGUGAACUGCACAAGCACUCCCCGGUUGGAAUUCUUCAUUCUAUACAACGUGAUGGAAGUGUUGCUGUUGGUUUUAUUGGGCUAGAGACUUUGUGGCGAGGGAAAUCAUCUGACAUUGAAAUAGCUGAUGCAUAUUAUGUAGGAGAGUUUGUGAGGCUGAAGGCCAAUGUGGUUUCUCCCAGAUUUGAGUGGCCUCGUAAGGGUGGAGGUGGGGCAUGGGCAACUGGAAGGAUCUCACAAGUCCUUCCAAAUGGUUGUCUGGUUGUGAGAUUCCCUGGAAGGUUGGAAUUUGGAGAUGAAGCUCGUAGCUUCUUGGCAGAUCCAUAUGAAGUAGAACUAGUGUCCUUUGAUACUUGUCCUGGACUGGUUGAAAAAUAUCAACAUGUUGAGGAUUUUCACUGGGCAGUAAGGCCACUUGCAAUUGCAUUUAGUCUCUUUACAGCCAUGAAGUUCAGCUUGUUUGUUGGACGAAAUGUAAGUGCAAGGGUGAAAGGUCGAAAAAACUCAGUACAGGGCCAGAGUGGUGGAAAUUCAGCUUGGCUUCCUCCAAAGGUUGCUAAUCUUUUCAAAGAAGGUGCUUCUACUGCUACUGCUAGGUAGUAGUUUAUUUAUUCCAUCAUGCCAAAUAAGAACUGGAACUGGAAGAUCAUGGUCGAAACUCCAAAGCUCUCAGGAUAAAGAAAAGAUGUGUUCAUAAGUAGAAUGAUGCAAUGUGUAAAUAUUUAAGAAACUGCAGUCUGUAACUACAUACUCUCUUUUUCUUUCUUUCUUUGGCACAGCAAUUUCUACUUUGUAAAUAUAUAAUCUUAUGUUAUGUGGAAAUGCCUACUGUAUCUGU